CUGGGUUCCUUCCCCCCAUGGGAGAGAGAGAGGGAGGGAAAGGUGGGGCAGCUUUGCCAGAAAAGCUAUCUGAGAGGCGACAACUAGCUGAGAAGCCUCUGUUCUUCCUCCUUACCUUAUUUCUCCCCACCCCACCCCAAUCCUUUCCCAGUUGUUUUGUCCUGCUUAGGCCAUUGAGAGAAGCCUGCCACGCGCACUUUCUACCGAGGACUCAUUUCAGGGGGAGCAUGCCUAGUGACAAAGAGGCCUGAGUUAAAGAGACAGGCAAGCUGGGUUGGAGGAGGGAAGCAGCAAAGAAGUAGUGGCGGAAACAGCUCUGGCGUCUCCCGUCUCCACCAUUGGGAAGUGGGCUAAAUUUCACUGUGCUGCUGCUCAAGACAGCAACAGCAAAUGUACCGGCAUGAAGGCUUUUUUGCAUGGCAUUUUAGUCCCACAAAUGACAGCGAGAAAUGCAACAGAGCUGGGCUGGGGGCAAAGGUGUGCAUGCCCAGAGAGAGGGCUCUACGUGCCACCUCUGGUAUGCGUGCCAUAGGUUCACCAUCACAGACCUAGACUUAGUCCUUGUAAUCAGCUAUUAAAGAUGCUGGUAAGCCAUGUCAAAAUAAUUUGCUGCUUAAAUUUUUAUAAUAAAAAGCAUACUUUGUAUUUCCCCAGAUCCAAAGCAUGAUUUUCCCCUUUCCCUGUACAAUCCUAAAAUCAAGACUUGGUGGGGGUUCUUUUUGCAGACUUCUCAAGAUUUACUGAUUUGUUGGGCAGGUACAUCUUUUAUUAGACUAACAAGUGCUUGGUUCUGUGUGACUGUCAAAGACGGCACCCUAGGAGUGGGCCCAAACUUGGGGAUGGGACAUUUAUGAGUAAGAUGGAUGCUUUAUGCAUCUGCAGCACUUCAUUCUGACUCUCAGUAUUGUCUUUUAUAUGCAAACUAACUUGGAAUUCAUAUGUGCUGCCUGAGAGGCCAACAGGUCAAUAAAUACAAUAAAAAGCAUAGCACAAUAUAAGAGAGAGGAGCAGAUUAGAUGUUCUGUAUGCAUCCCCUCCCCCACCUUGAACCACUUUGUAUUGAAUGGAUCAGAUCCCAGUAGGUGUAACCCGGAAGAAGCAGUCACCUGCAAAAAAUGCAACAUUGAACUCUUUAUUAAUAAAGCCCGAUUAACGAAAAACUCAUACGGAAUUCACCAAGGGACAGGCGACAAAGUAAAAAGAGGACUGGUUACAAAAGUUUUUUUUUAAAUACUUCCAACUUGAAAAUUGCCCUGCUCCUUACAAUAUUGAAGCCUGAGGCUGCAACCCUCACUCACCUCCAGGGAGCGAUUCAAUUGAAGCGGCCCUACUUCCAGGCUAAGGUAGAAAUGCGUGGCAACUUUCUACUCGGGGAAGACUAACGGAGUCGCCCUUUGCUCUUAAGCCAAUUCUCUUUGGUUUUGCCUUCUGUCUCCCAGCCCCCUCGGCCUUUCCUAUUCCGCCGGCAGCCCCCAGAACCAGGCCAACCACCGCCGCAAGAUCUCCGGGGCUGCGCUGGUAGCGAGCGCGCUGCCGCAGCCCGAAAACCAGGAAGCUCGCGUGGCCCACCGAGCCCAGGCAGGCUGUCAUCACGUGACGCAGCGCGUGGAGCCGCGCAAGCCGCUCCGCUCGGGUCAACUUCGGGUAUCGGCGCCCGCCGCGGAAGAGCCAAGCGGGGUGGCCGCUGCUCCUGCUGCUAUGCCCACGCCACGGUGGGUGCUCUCUCCUCCUCCUCCUCGGCUCGGCGGCUCCCGCGGGUGACUUCCUCGCCGUCCGUUCCAUGCAGCCCCUCCGCGGCGGAAGCGUUUUUGCUCCAGCGUGAAACCUGCCUUGCUGUCGCCUUGCGCGCCCGCCCGCUUUGGAUGGUGCUUCCCUUGGCCCCGUGGGUGCCGCGGGCGGCGGGACUAAUAUGCUGACGCGGAUGAGGUCUGCCGUGGCCAAUCUGGUGGGAGGCAUCAUGUCCGGCAGUUCGGGCUCGGAGCCCGGCGGGGGCUUGGAUUUGCCUGGUCGCUUUCCCUAUGGCAGACCCGACUUCCUGGGGCUCUCUCAGGACGAGGUCGAGUGCUCCGCCGAUCACAUCGCCCGCCCCAUCCUCAUCCUCAACAAGGAGACCCAGCGGCUGCCCUGGACCACGGGAUACGCAGAAGUGAUCAAUGCAGGGAAAAGUACACAUAAUGAGGACCAAGCAAGUUGCGAAGUGCUUACGGUGAAGAAGAAAAUUGGAACAACUAAUUCAACACCAAACAGAAAUUCCUCUAGUAAGCGGAGAUCGUCAUUGCCCAAUGGGGAAGGAUUGCAGUUGAAAGAGAAUUCAGAAUCGGAUAGCAUCUCUUUUCAUUAUUGGUCAUUAUUUGAUGGCCAUGCUGGAUCUGGAGCAGCUGUGGUAGCCUCCAAGUUGCUGCAGCAUCACAUUGUAGAGCAGUUGCAGGAGAUUGUGGACAUCCUGAAAAACUCUGCUGUUCCACCGCCAACCUGCUUGGGGGAAGAGCCAGAAAGCAUGAAUGCCAACAUCAGAACUCUAACCCGGGCAGCCUCAUUGAGAGGAAGUGUUGGAGCUCCCGGUUCACCUGGCACUCCACCUACUCGCUUCUUUACAGAAAAGAAGAUCUUGCAGGAAUGCCUUGUCAUGGGAGCCAUUGAAACUGCAUUCAGGGAAAUGGAUUUGCAGAUAGAACGUGAAAAAGCUGUCUUCAAUAUAUCUGGUGGUUGUACGGCUCUUGUGGUGGUGUAUUUACUGGGGAAACUCUAUGUGGCAAAUGCAGGUGAUAGCAGAGCCAUAAUAAUUAGAAGUGGAGAGGUCAUUCCAAUGUCUUCAGAAUUCACACCAGAAACAGAGCGUCAGCGGCUUCAGUAUCUGGCAUAUAUGCAACCCCAUUUGCUGGGAAAUGAAUUUACACAUUUGGAGUUUCCAAGGAGAGUUCAGCGAAAGGAAGUUGGGAAAAGAAUGCUUUAUCGAGAUUUCAGCAUGAUUGGCUGGGCAUACAAAACCAUUGAAGAGGAUGAUUUGAAGUUUCCCCUUAUAUAUGGAGAAGGAAAGAAGGCUCGUGUCAUGGCAACUAUUGGGGUUACAAGAGGGCUUGGAGAUCAUGACCUGAAGGUGCAUGACUCGAACAUCUACAUCAAACCGUUUUUGUCCUGCUCACCAGAGGUAAGAGUUUAUAAUAUUCUCCAGUAUGAGCAUGGACCGGAUGAUGUGCUUAUCUUAGCUACUGAUGGACUCUGGGAUGUACUAUUAAAUGAAGAAGUAUUAGAAGCCAUCACUAAUUUCCUGCCAAACUGUGACCCUGAUGACCCACACAGGGAAGAAGACCAUUUUUAAAAACGUUUUAAGCUGAUCUGCUUUCCAACUCUGAUAUUCACUCACUUUGUAAAGACAAAGAUGAAUGCCUGCAUAUUGCAGUGAUUGAUGGACUGAUUGUAUGGUCAUAUUCUGAAAAAUGCAAGCACAGAGAAAUCCUAGAAUAUGGACAAACAUCUUGUUCUAGUAUGUGAAUUUGAAUGUGAAUAAAUGUCAGUUUGGGUAGGAAAGGGGUAUUAAACAGGAAGUAAUACCUGAAUUAAUUCAUAACUACAUAUCUUAAAGUAUACUGACAGUUGAGCACUUUUGUAAUCCUAAUGUAUAUCAAAAUAAAUAAAUUGCGCAAGCUUCUGUUUUGUAGACUUUGUACUGCAAUGCACAAUUAAACUUAGUUCCUAGUAAGCAUCCAGCUUUAAUACACUACCUAAAACCUAGACUAGUUACUGUACUUCCAGGCAGUUAUUAGAUUUGAAAACAAGAUAAAUUUUUAGAUAUGAGGUAUUUCUGCAACUUUUCAACUAGAUCACUUGUUCACAUGCAUUGUUUUAGAUUUACAAACUUCUUUUAUUUCAUGAAAUAAAAGUUAUUUCUGACAGACUACUUCUUAAACAACAUUCUUGUCAAUAUCAUUGCAUGUAUGCAUGUAUAAACACACAGAUGUGCUCGUGUGCACAAACACACAUCUUGUUUAGUAGAAGAAAUCCUAAGUCUCAAUAAAGCAGCAACCUUGCUCAAGAUAUCAAUUUAGUAUUCUGAAAUUUGAGUACAUCUUUUGGUCAUUUUUUUUCUUAAAUUGUCCUUAAGAUCCACUUUUAUAUUGUUACUUAUUAGUGAUAUUAUAGGAGUAGGUCUUAAGGAGAAUUCAAAUGAGAGCUGUGUCUCAUUUUUCUUUCUGCUCUUCACUUAUUAUUGGUGUUUCUUUUUCAAGGAGGUAAAUAAAAAUGGACACUUUGCUUGCCCAAAGUGCCUUUUGUUGUCUUUGCAGUAGUUCCACAAUCAAUAAGUUUCAGGGAGAAGCAAAUGUAUAUUCUGAAGUGCUAUACCAAUUAGGCACUUCAUUAGGGAUGACUGAUUGCUUGAAAGAUACUUCAGCAAUUUUGUAAAGUUGCUUUAAAAGCUGCAUCUCAGAUUCACUACAUUAGAGGAGAAGGCAUGAUGUAAUGUUAUUGAUAUUAAUCUUCAGAUUACUCGGAACAUCUUGCUCAUGUAUUGCCAAGAAAUAAAAGCAGUCUUCAUUAUUUACAUGCUUUAUCUAUUUUCUAUCAUUUUUUAACUUCCAUUUGCCUGCUCUUGUUUAAUUUUAGCAUUGUUUCUUCUUUAAUACCUGUAUAUUUUUAUUUUAACUAUUGAGAAUCUCUAAUACUACGUUUCUUAAUUUUCACUACACUUAAAGCAACUGUAUUUAAAAAUGAAAGAUUACAAGCCUUUUCUACCAGUAUUUCCAGUGUAUUGUUAUACAUAUUCUAAAUCACAAAUAGGCAACUUGAGUUUGUUCCAGAUGCUUUGAAUUUGUUGGUUUCAACUAGUAUGGACAAGAAUAGAAAGUGGGAAAUAAAGCCUGGAAUAUAUGAAAUAGAUGAAUACUCUGCUUUAUAUAUCAGUAUGUUGUUGCACAUAUAUCUGUGGUUGUUUAUGCCAGAUUAGUUGCCUCUUGGCCGGUAUAAAUUAUCCUUUGGUCUUCUGCUAUAUGAUGGAGGAUAAAUGCUCUCUUCCUACUACUUUUGGGGGAGAAAAAAU